AUCUAGAUUCUGAACUCAUAAGAAAUACAUUCUUAAGAUCUGAGCAACUUCAACAUGUUUCCUCUUUUGCACAAUUUACUCUGUUUUUGCCAGCUGUAGGGGGAGGAAGGAGCUUGCCUGUCUCCUGGGGUUUCAUGACAUAUUGCUACUCAUUUCAAUUUUCAGGACUAGAGUGUAGUAACUUGUAUUUUUUUAUAAAGCAAAGAUGGUAGUCUCAGAGGGUGAUGAAUUCUGUGCCCCCAAAUGUCCUUGUGUGUUUUUGCUCACACAGUCCCGUCCUGGAUAAGGUAAGCAACAUGUAGGCUGUGGGCACCUUUUGGGGCGACUGAGAGAACAUGGCAAGAGGGCCUUUCUUGGGCAGGAAGGUGGCGACGUGGAUGCAGCUCAGCUUGGGAUUCAGGGGGCAGGUGGAGGGAGGAUGGCUCUCUCCUCUGCGAGUGAUGGAGGACACACAGGCAAGCUCUCAUGCAUGGUCCGUUCUUCCUCUCCACCAGAUUCCAAGGAGCUGGCUCUCAUUCCCGAGACGGCCCAGAAUGUGCUCUGCGGCCUGAGCAUUCUGAGCAUUGGCAUUCUGGGCAUCAUCGCUGGCCCCAUCAUCUUCAUCAAAGCCAUGAGGAUGAAGGAGGACAGCAACCACCGCAGGGGCCCCAUAUAACCAAGAAGGAGACAGGUAGCCCUUUCCUGACGGUUUCUCUAUAGUGCCCUGAAAUGCAUCUCCCAAGACUUUGUUUCUUCAGUCAGCUGGAAGGACCUGCUACUUGCUUGCCCAUGUGCUCACCUGGCCUGCUCUGCCCUCCCCAAAGCACCCCACUGGCAUCAAAAGAGCAACAGAGAGUCGAAGGCUGAUGUGGCAUCAGUGCAUCUGGGGAACUCCACGCUGGUGUAUUCCAGCAUCAGCCAAAGAACUCAGAUAUGUCAUACUUUUAAAAAGAUGGUUUCUGCUUGCCAUAGGACAGGAUGAGGACCUCUUGGGGGGCAUUGUACUGUUCCCAUUCACAACCCCCCCUGCAACGUCUCAGAUUUUAGUGGGCACUUCCACUUUUUAAAGCCUCAUGCCACAUUUAUUAGAGCAGAAAUGUAUUAGUUUCUACAACCGAAGAUUAAACGUUUUAGGAUGCUAUCUUGUCUAUGCAAUAUCAGGUACAGAAUGCACACCCCUGUGAGGACCCUGACCCAGGAGGGGUUAAUUCCCGCUCUUUCCAUCUGCAGGACGAUGCAAGCGAGACCCUCUGCUCGGGUGAUGAGGCUGCACAGUGUCCAGGGCAGAUUCCUUGGCUUGGACUUGGGGUGCUAACACUCCCCAGUCAUGGGCUCUCCCCAUCUGAUGCCCAGGGGUGCAGGUCUCCUCCUGGCCCUGUCAGAGACGGGUAUGUCAUAUUCUGGAGAGUUGGAGGGGAGGGGGCUUCUUGCCUUGCAUUGAGGGCAUCUGCAGGGCACAAGGAGACCCUGUGCCAACAGCCACAUUUGCAACAAAGCGUGGCAAUUCAUCCACACCACAAUCACCCCCAUCUCUAGUUUUUGGAGAGAGGCUUGCUCAGUUCUGUGCUCUGCACUGCAGUGACCUCAGGUGCUUGAUCCAUCGCUGUCUACAGGCCCCAAUAUCAUAUUCAUCCAGGUACAGAAAUGUCUGUCUGAAGAGAAGGCUCUCUUUUCUCCUGCAAAAUAUUCCAGGUGGCAUCUGCACAAUCCAAACUCUGUUGUUCAUAGACAUGCGCCAUGUUUCCAAAAGCAAUGAUUAAAAUUCAGAUUUUGAG